UUGUGAUGUUGACAUGAGGCCUCCAGGGGGCAGCACCGAGGCAGACAAAUAGACAAAAUCACCCAGUCUUCUCCUUGGUCUGGGGCUCCCCACAGUUUCCCACCAGCACUCCUCCCAUUCCUUCCAACUUUAUUUUUAGCUGCCAGUGGGAGGGGGCAGGAUAGGAGGGAAAGUAAAGAAAACAGAAAAGGAAAGGGAUAGAGGCACAGAGGACUUCUCACACACAACAGAAGGACCGGGCAUGGAGCCUCCCCUCUUCCCUCACCUGUUCUUGCCCCUGGUGUGUCUGACAGGUCUCGGCUCCCCCUUUAACCUGGACGUGUAUCACCCACGCCUAUUCACAGGGCCACCAGAGGCUGAAUUUGGAUACAGUGUCCUACAGCAUGUUGGGGGUGGACAGCGAUGGAUGCUGGUGGGCGCCCCCUGGGAUGGGCCUUCAGGUGACCGGAGAGGGGAUGUUUAUCGCUGCCCUAUAGACAGCCCCCACAGUGCCCCAUGCGCCAAGAGCCACUUGGGUGAUUAUCAACUGGGAAAUUCAUCUCAUCCUGCUGUGAAUAUGCACCUGGGGAUGUCUCUCCUACAGACAGAUGCUGAUGGGGGAUUUCUGGCCUGUGCCCCUCUCUGGUCUCGUGCUUGUGGCAGCUCUGUCUUCAGUUCUGGAAUUUGUGCCCGUGUGGACGCUUCAUUCCGGCCCCGAGGAAGCCUGGCACCCACUGCCCAACGCUGCCCCACGUACAUGGAUGUUGUCAUCGUCCUGGAUGGCUCCAACAGUAUCUACCCCUGGUCUGAAGUGCAGACUUUCCUACGGAGGCUGGUAGGGAGGUUGUUUAUUGACCCUGAACAGAUACAGGUGGGACUGGUGCAGUACGGGGAGAGCCCUGUACACGAGUGGUCCCUGGGGGAUUUCCGAACCAAGGGAGAAGUGGUGAGAGCAGCAAGGAACCUCAGUCGGCAGGAGGGACGAGAAACAAAGACUGCCCAAGCCAUACUGGUGGCCUGUACAGAAGGGUUCAGUCAGUCCCGGGGUGGACGGCCAGAGGCUGCCAGGUUGCUGGUGGUGGUCACUGAUGGAGAAUCACAUGACGGAGAGGAGCUCCCGGCAGCACUAAAGGCCUGUGAGGCUGGAAAAGUGACACGUUACGGGAUUGCGGUCCUUGGUCACUACCUUCGUCGGCAGCGAGACCCUACCUCUUUCCUUCGGGAAAUUCGUGCAAUCGCCAGUGAUCCAGAUGAGCGAUUCUUUUUCAAUGUCACAGAUGAGGCUGCACUGACUGAUAUUGUGGAUGCACUAGGAGACCGGAUAUUUGGCCUUGAAGGGUCCCACGGAGAAAAUGAAAGCUCCUUUGGGCUGGAAAUGUCUCAGAUUGGUUUCUCUACCCAUCAGCUAAAGGAUGGAAUUCUUUUUGGGAUGGUGGGGGCCUAUGACUGGGGGGGCUCGGUGCUAUGGCUUGAAGAAGGUCAACGCCUUUUCCCCCCACGAACGGCCCUGGAAGAUGAGUUUCCCCCUGCACUGCAGAACCACGCAGCCUACCUGGGUUACUCUGUUUCCUCCAUGCUUCUGCCGGGUGGACGUCGCCUUUUUCUCUCAGGGGCCCCUAGGUUUAGACAUCGAGGAAAAGUCAUUGCCUUCCAGCUUAAGAAAGAUGGGACUGUGAGGGUCGCCCACAGCCUUCAGGGGGAGCAGAUUGGUUCAUACUUUGGCAGUGAGCUCUGCCCACUGGAUACGGAUGGGGACGGAACAACUGAUGUCUUACUUGUGGCUGCCCCCAUGUUCCUGGGACCCCAGAACAAGGAGACAGGACGUGUUUAUGUGUAUCAGGUGGGCCAGCAGUCUUUGCUGAUGCUCCAAGGGAUACUUCAGCCAGAACCUCCGCAGGACGCUCGCUUUGGCUUUGCCAUGGGUGCACUUCCUGAUCUAAACCAAGAUGGCUUCACUGAUGUGGCUGUGGGGGCUCCGCUGGAGGAUGGGCACCGGGGCGCCCUGUACCUGUUUCACGGAGCCCAGGGUGGAGUCAGACCCCAUCCUGCACAGCGGAUUGCAGCUGUCUCCAUGCCACAGGCCCUCAGCUAUUUCGGUCGGAGCGUAGACGGCCGGCUAGAUCUGGACGGAGAUGAUCUGGUGGAUGUGGCUGUGGGUGCCCAGGGGGCAGCCGUCCUGCUAAGCUCCCAGCCCAUUGUCCGUGUGGCCCCAUCACUGGAUGUGACCCCCGCAGCCAUCAGCGUGGUUCGGAGGGACUGCAGACGGCGUGGCCAGGAGGCAGUCUGCCUGACUGCGACCCUCUGCUUCCAUGUGACCUCCCGCUCUCCUGGCCGCUGGGACCGCCAGUUCUAUAUGUGGAUGACAGCAUCGCUGGAUGAGUGGACGGCUGGGGCACGAGCAGCAUUUGAUGGCUCUGGCCAGAGGCUCUCUCCUGUGCGUCUCCAGCUCCGCUUGGGAAAUGUCACAUGUGAACAGCUGCACUUCCAUGUGCAGGACACAUCAGAUUACCUCCGGCCGGUGGUCCUGACUGCGACCUUUGCCCUGGACAACACGACAAAAUCAGGGCCUGUGCUGGAUGAAGGUUCACCCACCUCUGUACAAAAGCUGGUCCCCUUCUCAAAAGAUUGUGGCCCUGACAAUGAAUGUGUCACAGACUUGGUGCUUCGAGCCAAUAUGGACAUCAGAGGCUCCAGGAAGGCCCCAUUCGUGGUUCAAGGUGGCCGGAGAAAAGUGCUGGCAUCAGCAACUCUGGAGAACAGGAAGGAAAACGCCUACAACACUAGCCUGAGUCUCACCUUCUCUAAAAAUCUCCACCUGGCCAGUCUCAUUCCUCAGAGGGACAUCCCAGUAAAGGUGGAAUGUGCAGCCCCCACCCCUCAUGCCCGGCUCUGCAGUGUGGGGUACCCUGCCUUCCAGACGGGUGCCAAGGUGACCUUUCUGCUAGAGUUUGAGUUUAGCUGCGCCUCCCUCCUGAGCCAAGUCUUCAUGAGGCUGACUGCCAGUAGCAGUAGCCUGGAGAGGAAUAGGACCCUGCAGGAUAAUACAGCCCAGACUUCCGCCUAUGUCCAGUAUGAGCCUCACCUCGUGUUCUCUAGUGAGUCCACCCUGCACCGCUACGAAGUUCACCCUUAUAGGAUCCUCUCACUGGGUCCUGGCCCUGAAUUCAAAACCACUCUUAGGGUUCAGAACCUCGGCUGCUACGGGGUCAGCGGCCUCAUCGUCUCAGCCCUCCUUCCAGCUGUAGCUCACGGAGGCAAUUACUUUCUGUCACUGUCUGAAGUCAUCACCGACAGCGACAGCGCAAGCUGUACAAUGCAGAACCUGACUGAGCCCCCAGGGCCCCCAGUGCAUCCAGAGGAGCUGCAGCACACAAACAGACUGAAUGGGACCAAUACUCGCUGUCAGGUCCUGAGGUGCCGCCUUGGGCAGCUGGCAAAGGGCGCCGAGGUCUCCAUUGGGCUACUGAGGCUGGUUCACAAUGAGUUUUUCCGAAGGGCAAAGUUCAAGUCUCUCACAGUGGUCAGCACCUUUGAGCUGGGAACCGAGGAGCGCAGUGUCCUGCGGCUGACUGAAGCCUCCCGCUGGAGUGAGAGUCUCCUGGAGGUGAUUCAGACCCGCCCUGUCUUCAUCUCCCUGUGGAUCCUCAUCGGGAGUGUCCUGGGCGGGCUGCUCCUGCUUGCUCUUCUUGUCUUCUGCUUGUGGAAGCUUGGCUUCUUUACCCGUAAGAAAAUCCCCGAGGAAGAGAAAAGAGAAGUUGGAGCAAUGAAUGCAGAAUAAGGCUCUAGAAAGUCCACUCUGGCAGCUUCUUCAAGAGACUUGUGUCAGAGCAGAGGGUUGAGGGCCUGGUGGGAUCAAGAAGAAGCCUCUGGACUCUCCUCAGACUCACAGCCUGACUUGACUUUUGAGUCAUGGGGCUGCGGCUGGCAAGAGAUGAGGCUUUACCUCAGACAAGAAGAGCUGGCACGCUCUCACCCUGUGCUUCCCUCCUCCUCCGCAUGAUCCUGAUUCCACAGCCAACACUGGGGUCUUUGUUCGGGGACCCCCUUUCCCCCAUCCCCAGGAAUCAAAAGAAAUUUUUGUGCCCAGGUCCCUGACUCCUUUCAGAUUCCCCCUGUGUCUUUCCUCACAAUUUGCAAAGGGUGAAGCUUACCCUUCUCCAUUCAGUACCAACUGUACCACAGGAGGGAGCUGACGUUGGCUUGAAAGAAGUAAAGUCAACAUCUGCUGCUUUCCUGUGGAGUUUAGUGAUUCAUAGAGCUGGAUGCGGAGAGUCAACAGGAAAAAAGGAGGGGGGAGGAAAAGCCACAGGAGACAUUCUGUACAAUUCCAAGGAACAGAGAAGCCUUUGGACAGGCAACUGCCAUCCCCUCUGAAACCUGAAACUUGGUAUUGCACUCGCCUUCCCUCAGGUGCUAGAGAAACGGAGCUGCCCCAGGCUUGCUGGGCAAGAGCUCCCCAAGCCUCGGCCUUCCCUGGAAGCAAAACGAGGUCCUGACGCCUGGUUCUCUGAAGCCAGGGUCCCCCAGGUGGCUAAAGCUGGAAUAGCAGGGAAGUCUGGUUGACCGCGGCAGUGUUUUCUCUGCUUCUCUCAGCCCUCUCUCUUCAGCCCUGGGUGGGACCUCUUUAUUGAAAGCAGAGAGAAAGGAAAGGAUUGCUGUUUUAGGGUGGAAAACCGUCCACCUCCCCAGCUUUGGGAAGCAGCAGUGCCAUGGGAUCCAAACAAGUGGGACUGCAUUAAAAAGCAUAGGUGUGAGGUCCUUGGAGAGCAAGCCUUUACUUGCCCAGCCUUGGGCACAAGUAGCUCCUAGGAAAAUAUUUCUGGUGCAACUCUGGUCGUAUUUUGUAGGAUGUCAACUCUGUUGGAAUGAGUCGGUAGCCCUUGCUUGAUAUUUACUGGAAAUCACCAAGAUAAUUUCUAUCUUUAACUUUUCCCAUCCUCGUCCCGUGCUAUGGUCGUGGCUAGUAAAGACCGGUGGAUUCUCACAUCUCAAAACACAUUUCUUUGGAAUCAAGACUUUGGAUACCAGAGUCAGUUACUGGUCUCCAGAGGGCAGCUUUGAUAGCGGUUCGAAGGAUCAACACCCCCUUCAGUUCACCUCCCAGGCUGUUCUCGAGGCUAACCACAAUGUUUAUAUUGGCACAUCUCAGGCCUUCUGAAAGGGGCCACCGUCCUGGGCAUUGUCUCUGUUUCCCAGCACCGUGGACAAUAUAUCAGAUGGUCAGAACAAAUAAAGGUCAGUGUCAAAUGA